UUGUUAUUUUUAUUUCCUUGUACUUUCAUUCGGUAUUCGCAAAGUGAAAACAAUAUACACGGACUGUGUUUCAUUAAAAUUCUUUUGUGUUUCACUAUGACUGUGUUCGCGUACACCGAAGUUUUAUUAAGCCUCGUCUGAUAUUUAUCCUCUUGCAAGAAGGAAUCAUCGUCGCAUGUGGGCGGCCCCCGUGGUAAGACCCCGCGAUGGCGGGCGGCUGCGUGUGGUCGCGGCGGCUGGCGGCUCGCACUCGCAGCCUGCGCGGGCUGGUGCGGGACACGCAGCGCGCGCUGCGGGACGUCGCCGACAUCCUCACCACAGACCCCGAUAUAUCAGUAACUGUCCAAGAAAUCGGCAACCUGUCGGCUCGUUCUACAGCGCUCAUCAUUUUCGGGACCAGCCCAUCAGCGAGGGCCCGAUUACUGCACUGCCUGCUGGGGAGACAGCUGCUUCCGGAUCCAACACCAAGAGGCUGUCGAUGGCUACGAAUCCAGUAUGGAAGUUCGACACAAGUGCAUCUCACGCUCGGGAACUCUGAGUUUGAACUUGUUGAGGAGUUGGAAUGCAACAAGAGACCGUGGGAUACUCUACCUAUAGAGGAUCUCCUCCGUCAAGACCAAACCGACCAGGCCACCAUGCUAGAAGUGGAACUGAACAAUUCAUUCCUCAAAGACGGCCUCCGGAUCAUCGUUCCCCCGGAUAUCCUCGACCCGGGCGGGUCCAAUCUUCAAACUUUAAAGGAAAUCCACUCCGAACUGUACUCGAAGCGGCAUGUGAUACUAAAGAAUUUUAACCCGGUCUACUUGUACGCCAUAGACAAGAUAGGGAAGAGUGUUUUCAGUGAGAGCUUCAUGCCCAGCUCUAUGAUGACGUCGCGAAGUGAGGAGGACUUUUGGAAUACGUUCAAUUUGUACAACGUAACGAGUAGUAGUGAUAAGACUGUUGCGCGGGAUCAGGAGACGGUUUUGGAGGGAGGCGGGGAUGCUGCAGUCUUCUCAGCUGAGAAUUGCUUAGACCUCCACCAAAUAAAACACAUCAACCAGAACAGCCAGGUGCUCUUCGUUCUGUUCUCGGACAGCACAGAUCCAGAAGAGAGUGUAAGAGAUAGAAACGAAGCCACCGAGUCUACUGAGGAUACAGUAUACAGAGUAGAAGAGUUGCCAGAGUCGGACCAAGGGUUGCAAGGCGUGAUAAGGCACUCUCAAGAAUCUCCAAUAAGCAAAUUGAGCAUAGAGAACAGAAGACUGGAAGAGGAGCAGAUCGGUUUUAUGAAUGAUUUAUUAGACCAAUGGGAAUUGUUGUCUAGCCCACCCCUAAAACAUUACGUUAAAAGUCGAAACUUAAUCGUAAAUGAUGUAGAACUAUUAAAUACAGUCAACCACAAAUCUCACGCAUCAUACCUCAACAACUCCAUGCAUAUUAUCGGCGAAACUUUGACGAAGGGUAAAAAUGGAGAUAGGGUUGUUAAAAAUAGAACAGUACUAUUGAAUAACGUAUACAAAUUUGCCACGGAAUGUAUGCAGAGUUACCUUUUGGAGUAUAGUACGAGGUUGAGCGAGGUUCACGUGAGGUUACUACAACAGUUUAUACUGGCGUCGUUUGACUUAGCCAGAGAGUUGCAAGUCGUGCCAAAGAAGAUACAAUAUGUUGCCACACAAGAACACCAACUCUACGAGACCAUAAACAGCAAGUUCUCUGAGGGCGAUAAGAAGCAGGAGUUGGUGCAGAUCAUGCAGGAGGUCCUCCAGGAGAUGCGGGCGGAGGUCGAGGUUAUGGACUGGAGUGUGGACGAUCUGCCCUACCACCAGGACAGAGAGUUCAUGGUCUCUAACUCCACUUUCUACUCGUCCUACCGUCCGGGCGCGUCCGUCCGCCUCGCCAGUCUACCGUCCGGGAGACCAGACCAAGCGCCGUCGGACGGCGAAGAAGCCUUGUCAUAUGAUAGUUAUAAUUUCGAUGAAUACGAAAUUAUACAGUCAAAUGAUGAGAGUUUAAAUACUAAUACGAGCAGUUUCAGUCAAUUUAGGUCAAAACCUGAAAACAAAUCGUCAAACGAUUCCCAAAUCGGACAGAUACUUAUAGAGAAUGAAUCUGAGAUAUUCUCGCUGACCAGCCUCAGUUGGAACGGCAGCAGCAUGUGUACCAACUCUGGGAAUCUAUCUGUAAAGGAGGCGUCGUUAGAUGUACAACAAACAGUUUUGUCAAAUUUAAGCCGCAAAAUAAGCUUAAAGCUUGUGAAAUUUGUCGAUUGCCUCAGAGAUUCGUACUUCGGAACAUUGCAAAGAUGUCUGGACUCUCUGGAGUCCUCGUGCCGUCAGGAGUUGGGUGGAAGACCAGCCACGGAGGCCAUGCGGCAGCUGGUGUCGGUGGCGCGGCAGGUCGACCUGCAGCCCUGCGCUUCCUUCUCCCUGCUCAGGUCCAUGCUGGAGUCGCUCCGGAGGCUCUUCAACAAGGUGUGGGCGGCGGGCGGCGCGGCGGAGGCGGCGUGCUGCGCGCUGAGUCCUCGCUGGCGGCGGCGCGUGGCGCUGCACACGCUGCACUCGCUGCGGCCCGCACGGCUCGCCGGACUCAUCACCGCGCAGAUUCUAGAAAGACUGACACUAGCGCACGAGAAGUACCAAUCAGCGCUGUCAUCGCUUGAAGCGGCGCUGGAAAGCCGAUUGAAGCAUACGGAAGUUAUCAAAUUAGCAAUAAGGAAAAAAUACGCCCCCUCUUUUGCACGCCUGUGCCUCGAGAGUACAUCUAUGCGGGAUCUACUUAUGUACGGGACACCGGAACUGGGGAGAGAGAUCGGACGUGGUCAGUACGGCGUGGUGUACGCGGCCCGCGGCGGGUGGGGAGGUCACUCACCAGCCGCCGUCAAGUCGGUGCUGCCGGCAGACGAGCGACACUACCAGGACCUCGCCAUGGAGUUCUUCUAUACCAGGAGCAUCCCUGCGCACCCUCGCAUCGUGCGUCUCCUAGGGUCUGUGCUGCAGCGCGGGGGCGCAGCACCCGCAGUGCUACUUGUCUCCGAACGGAAGACACGUGACCUCCACGCUGCUGUACGAGCUGGGCUGUCGUUCGCAGCGCGCAUGAGAAUCGCCUGUGACAUCGUUGAAGGUAUCCGUUACCUCCAUUCCCUGGGGCUGGUGCACCGGGAUAUCAAAAUGAAGAACGUACUUCUGGACAACGAGGAUCGGGCUGCGUUAUCAGAUCUUGGAUUCUGUGCAGCAGAAGCUCUCAUAUCAGGGUCGGUGGUCGGCACACCAGUGCAUAUGGCACCGGAGUUGUUAGCCGGCGAGUAUGACGCUUCUGUUGAUGUAUACGCCUUUGGAAUAUUAUUUUGGUACGUGUGCGCAGGCAACAUAACGCUACCUACAGCCUUCGAAAUGUUCCAGAACAAGGAACAGCUCUGGUCCAAAGUGAAACGAGGUCUUCGUCCCGAACGGUUACCCCACUUCACAGACGAAUGUUGGAAUAUCAUGGAGUCCUGCUGGGCUUCUGAACCCACGCAGCGGGCGUUACUCGGUGACGUCCAGCCCAAACUCGAAAGGAUACUCACCAGGGCCCUCCAAGAAGACCAGGAACCUGUGGAGAACUUCCACGAGGAACAAUACGAUACUGAUGACAGUUUGGACAUGACCGGUAUAGAUAAGAAUAUAUUAUGAACUCUAUUGUAUAGAUCGUAAGGUCGACGAUGCUCUAAUAUACUUUGUGUACAUACGCUUAAGAUACAAAAUGCACCUGAAUGUUUUACUGUUUCUAUACUUAUGUAUGAAUUUAUAUCAUGCCAAGGGGUCCAUAAAUUACGUAAGAUGUUUUUAGAAUUUCCUAUCCCUCCCUCCCCCCCUGGUGAGAUGACGCGAGAUUUUAUUCAACCCCCUACCCCAUCCCCCAAUAUCACGUGAGAUUUUUCAAA